AGCCUGCUGUCACACCGUGUCACGGUGUGCGGCAGACUCUGCCAAAGGCCUUUGGCUUAUAUAGCAAGAGAUGUUUAUCGCAGCUGCAAGGCCUGUUGUUGACGAGAUAUUCAAGCGACUGGUUGACAGCGCUGGCAACGAUAAGUUCUCCAGGUUAAAAAUCUGGGAAUACGUUUUGCUAAGAUUUCGGUGAUCAUGAUCUCGAGCCCAUGCAAGCUGCGUUGGCAACACAACUUGUAUGUACCAUGCAAUGGUGCUGCCAAGCUGUGUGUAUCCCAACCCCGGUUUCAAUGCUUUGUUCAACGGUGUUUGCGAGCAAAAAAUGUAUUAGACGCUGCACCGGGGAGUAAUCGCCGUCUCGGGGCUCGAGCCAUUGGCCGAUCAUAUUCUUGUGACGAUAUCAGAUAUCGAAUACUGAUUCCCAAAAGCCCCAGAGAGGUAAUACAUUGUCGCUCGAUCGACCCAGAGGAGUGGGUCGUUAUUAUGUCGAAUACUCGCCGAGUCUGUGGGCGUGUUGGUUCUGUGACUUUCAAUUUCUGCAAGCCGCCCCCGGCUAUUUCUCUCCCAUCUCGAUCACGACAGUCGAGAUGCCUCGUCAUCACAUAUCUCAUAUCCCAACUACCUACACAAACUUGCCCACUAAGGGAUACCCACACAAAUUUGUUAGCUACCGGCAGCGUCACUCGUCGCUAUGCUAGGGGAUGCGCUAUGAGCAUUAUACACGUUGAGUACGGAGUACCGGCGAUUGAUAAUCGCCGAUUAGCGACGCGGCUUGCGGGUAGCUAUGGAGCUUGGCUGGUUUCCGGGAGAUCGACAGAGAUUGCGAGGGCUGCGAUUAGCAUCACAACCUAGGAUCUGACAGGGCGCGCAAAUCGGGACUCCUUCCACUGAUGUGAGAUGUAACCAGAAAACUUGAAGGGCUCGGCCGUUCUUGCCUCUGUCAUAACCCUGUUUUCAAU